AUCUCUACUUGGAGUCUUCGACGCAGCUGACCAUUACUCCACAAGGGCAGGCAAAGUUAUAUAGCAAAUUGCAAUAGUGUUAUCCAUUUUUUCCGCGCAAUUGUCUGUUUCUGAAGUCUGGUGGAACACAAUACUCACGCUUUCAAUACUGAUUUUCCAUUUCUUCAACAUCUAUGUUUCUCAAUUUUAGAUCUCUUUGCUGUAGAGUUGCCGUUCAAUUCAAUUCUGAAGCAUAAGAGCACUUUGACUGGUUAAAAGAGUGCUAUUUUGCUGAUGCACUGAACACGAGAAGGCAUGUCAAGUGCUGUAGCUAAUGGAUUUGCUGGAGCAGGAGGUGGCUUAAUUGCUCAGAUAUUAACAUACCCUCUUCAGACGGUUAACACACGCCAACAAACUGAGAGAGUUAUCAAGAAAGGGCUUGAUGGUCAACAUGCAACCUCACCCUCUGGAAAUCAGUGUCCUGUAGGCACACUUUUUCAAAUGCUUCAGGUUAUUAAAAAUGAGGGUUGGGGUGGACUCUAUAGUGGACUGAAGCCUUCUCUGUUUGGAACGGUUGCUUCACAAGGUGUUUAUUAUUACUUCUAUCAAGUUUUCAAGAACAAGGCAGUGGCUAUUGCAGCAGCACGCAAGGCCAAAGGGUUGGGUGAUGGAAAUGUUGGAAUGAUUUCAUGGCUUGCCGUUGCAGCUAUCGCAGGAUCCUUGAAUGUGCUGCUAACAAAUCCAAUGUGGGUACUUGUCACUCGCAUGCAGACACAAACACAAGCAGAAAGAAACAUAUUGGAGAGAAAGAGAGUGGCCCUUUUGAAGGAGGCGUCUCAAAAUAGUGACAUAGCAUCUACCAUACAAGAUAAGUUAGCCGAACUUGAAUCAUCAAAGCCGAGACCAUAUGGAACACUGCAAGCGGCUGCUGAGGUUUACAAUGAAGCAGGAAUUAGAGGAUUUUGGAAGGGCAUUGUUCCUACUCUGAUAAUGGUUUGCAACCCAUCAAUUCAGUUCAUGAUUUAUGAAACAUCGAUGAGGUCUCUCAAAGAAAAACGGGCAACUAACAAGAAUGGUGUGAAGCCAAUAACGGUGUUGGAGGUUUUCCUUCUGGGUGCUGUGGCUAAACUUGGUGCAACAGUUGUAACUUAUCCACUGCUAGUAGUCAAGUCGCGGCUGCAGGCAAAACAAGAUAUUGGCAGUAAUGUCUCAUUGAGAUACUCAGGUACAUUUGAUGCAAUAGUUAAAAUGAUUCGAUAUGAAGGAUUACUAGGAUUUUACAAAGGAAUGAGCACGAAAAUCCUACAGAGUGUUUUCGCUGCCUCUGUUCUUUUCAUGGUGAAGGAAGAGCUUGUCAAGGCGUUUAUGAUUCUUACAGAGAAAAGCCGCAAGAUUAGGCUUGACGCUAUAAAAUGAUUCUUCUUGAGUUGUCAUAAGUACUUGCUAUAAAAUGAUUCUUCUUGAGUUGUCAUAAGUACUUGAUGAAAUCGGACUGCUGAUCUAAAGUAGAUCAAUGUACAUAGGCCUAUUUUUCUCGGCUAUGGGUGUAAACUUAUCACGUACCGAAUUCUGAUCGCGAUAUAAGCCGAUUAUUAGCCACAACAGGAAAAUACAUUGUAUUUAUUCGAGGCAGAAGUAACAAUAUGUCUCCACAAUAAUGUUAUCAUCUUAGUACCAUAGACAAGGAAUAUUCUUGGUUGUC